AAAGUUGCGGGUAGACCUACUUAUAAUUAUGAUGAUUCUGAAAGAACAUUAAGACGAAAAAAAGCUAAACUAAAAAAAGCAGCACAAAAUACAAAAUCUAUUACUUCCUACUUAUCUUUAACCAAUUCUUUAAGGUUUAAUGCUAUAAAUACAAUAGUGAUUAAUGAGGAUGAAGAUACAAUAAUGGUUGAUAAUACUGUAGAUUCAAUAGUUGAAUCAGUGGAAAUAAAUGUGAACGAUGAUAAAGCCUGUAUAAAACGAGCAAUUAAAGAAUUAGACAAUAUGUUAGAGAAAGACAGUAAACAAAUUGAUAAAGGAACUAAGGCUGGGGAGCUUAUAAAACAAGGUGUAUUCGUAUAUGGAGUAAUGAGUGCUGAAUUAGAACCUCUCCUUAUUGAAUAUGAUGAGAAUGAUUUAACAUUAGUUAAAAAAAAUAUUCCUCUUAAUCAAAAACCGCAUUGUAUAAUAACACAUGAUGAGACAACAUUAGCCACUAAUGAUGAUAAAAAAACUAGAUGGGGGCCUGAAGGUGAACAAAAAUUACAUCCAAAGAGACGAGGCAGGUGUAUUUAUAUUAGUGAAUUUUUAUGUGAACCUUUGGGAUGUAUUCAUUUAACUGUAGAGCAACAUUUAGCUCACUCAGAAAUUUCAAAUAGAUACGUUACAGAGACACUUGAAGUUGGUGUAAACCACGAUGGUUAUUGGAAUAUUCAGUUGCUUGCUGAACAACUUAAGCGAACAAUUGAUGUUUUGGAAAUUGUACUUCCGGGUACAAUUUUUGUAUUUGCAUUUGAUAAUAGUUCGAGUCAUGGUGCUUUUGUGGAAGAUGCAUUAGUAGCAAGCAAAAUAAAUGUAAAAUAUGGUGGAAAACAACCACGAAUGCAUUCUGGUCGAUUACCUGAUAGUAUAUCUCAAGAAAUAAUUUUUUCACUUGAUUAUAAAAAU